AUGGAUCGGCUGGGUGUGCUUGAAAUAAAUGAUGACCCAGUCUCAAUCUCUCAGGGGCCCAAACCUCCCCACAAACGGCCGACACAUCAAAGCAGGCCCACGGAAAAGCGUCGGCCGAGGAAAAGGUCCAUUUUCUGUUGCUUCCGGAUCGCAGAGGACACCGGUGAGGAUGACAGGCCUACCUCGGUUCAACGGCCUCAACCACCUCGCCCGACAAGUGGUGUUUCGGCUUCUGCAAACCCGAACCAAAAGGUCAAACUGCCUGCCUCUGCUGGAAGGCCGCAGCAUGUGCAAGUCUCAUCCACUCCCACCUCCAGGCCGUCUGUGUCAGACACGGGGAAGCCUACUUCCCCGCAAACACAAUCCUUACUAUCGUGGAUCCCGUCUACGCUUUCCCCACAGACAACAUCCAUUCUUCUCACAGAAUUGGCCAAACCAAUCUCCAGCGCCGACGACGAAGGCUAUAUCUAUAUGUUCUGGGUGACACCCCCAACAGCUACCACACAACGGAGCGCCGAAUCCGUCGUACCGCAAGACAUAGCAUCUUCUCUGCUGCCCCAAGCCCCACAAAAUAGUAACCACCUCCGCCCCCCCACCCCAGCCACGCAGCGUCAGCGAAGCAAUCCGGGCAGCACAAGACCUUAA